AUGUUAUUUCACAACUAUGAGAUUCUGUCUUGCAGUCGGCAGAUUGGUACCGAGUCCUAUAACAAGUAUGUGCAGCAAUUUCUCCAAUGGGAAAAAGAAGUUUUCGAAAAAAAAGCUAAAGUUGUUGCACUCGCUCAGUCGGAAGCGGCCAUGGCAGGGCCGGCUAACGUCGAUUCGAUUCUAGGGCAAUUGUUAGAUGACGUUCUUCCUAUGGAGUUUCUAAUGGCUCUUGUGACUGUUCACAUGAAAGACAACACAUUUCUACCUUGUGUAAUAGAGAACUUUAGAAAGGCACAGACUGGCGAGUUGGAUCAAUCGAAACUUCUAGCUUCUGCGUCUCAAUACCAUCCUUCUGUUGCUCAAACAGCACAGUUCUACCAUCCUGUUGGCACCGCAGCUCAUGCAGGUUUGGCACUACACGCUGCGCCUAACAACGCCGUUACAUGGGUCACGACUACUGCUCCGGCCGGUCCUAAAUACAGGUUAGUAUAG